GUGAGAAUCCGACCCAGGCUGAACCGGUGAGCGGGGAGAGGAGAGAUGCGGAGCUGUUGAGGAGCAGAAACAUCCAGACGACCUGUGAAGCUGAACAUGUCUCCUCUCUGAGUUUUCAGCAGCUGUUUGAUUUGUAGCUGGUGCCAUUACAGCACACUUCACCCCGAGCCACCACCCUGCUCACACACUUCACAGCUCCCUCCAGUGACAAACCAGUGUUGGAACAUGACGGGUCAGACUGUGGAAGGCAUCACCCAGGACCUGUCAGCGUCCUCACUGCUGGCUGCAGAGGGACCAGGGUCCAGGCCUCUGGAACGGGCUGUAUCCUUCACUGAUGAGGCUGUUUCCAUCCUGGCCUCCACAAGCCAGCUGGCUCAAACCCUCCUCAGUCACACUUUCACCCUCAAACGCAAAGCAAGCCUUACCAACACUGAAGCAAAGGCUGGUAGCAGCUGUGAUGAAGACAGCAGCAGCAGUAUACGCCGCAGACGAGAGUUCAUCCCUGAGGAAAAGAAAGAUGACGGCUAUUGGGACAGGAGGAAAAAAAACAAUGAGGCAGCCAAGCGGUCCAGAGAGAAGCGGCGAGCCAAUGAUAUGGUGGUAGAGAGACGACUCCUGGGCCUGCUGGAGGAGAACGCCCGCCUGAGGGCCGAGCUGUUGGCUCUGAAGUUUCGCUUCGGCCUGGUCAAGGACCCAUCUGAUGUUUCCAUCCUCCUUCCGUCCCCAGCACCCACUACAACACAUCACUACCAGCCAAACACUGAUGGAUCCUCAUACGCCAACACACCACACAACACCCACAAUGUCCACCCUCACCCUCCACAGCAGGGUGCCAUCUAUGGACCGAGAGGAGCUGGGCCUUUGCCAAGUCAUAGUGUACCCGGGGAGUCCAGUGUCUCCACCUCAUGUAGCUCAAAUGUGAACAGCCCCGUGUUUUAUGACGACACACUGAGUGAGCGAAGUGGCCCCUCUCCAAGGGAGCUGGUGGAGGAGCAGCGGAGCUAUGAACCCCACAUCCUUUCACUGGAGGUCAAUGAAAGUCAGUACACUAACAGACGAGAUUCAACAGAUUGUUUGAAAAGCCUCCCGCACAAGCUCCGCUUCAAAGGGCCUGCUGGUUGCAGUGAUGGAGGAGAAAUGUCUCCAUCCUCUGAUACUAGACAUGGCGGACCACCUGUAGCCACAGUGUGGCCAAACAUCCAGGUGAGGAACCACCAGCAGGCAGGAUGGGACAGUCACACAGAAAGUCAGGCUCCAUGGUCCAGUGAGGAGGCCUGUGGUGGACUUGAGCAGCAGUAUCAGGGUCCGUCCUCUGGACAUUAUAACUCCUCCUCUCUGCAGAACUCUGGAGAUACCAAGAAUGCGACAGAGGACGUUAGUAUCAGGUCUCAGAUCAGCUGUUUGUCUCAGGAAGUGGCUCAGCUCAAGAGGCUCCUCUCUGAGCAGAUGCUCUCCAAGAUCGCUUAAAGCCUGAGCACAAGGACUAAAGUUAGUAGACCGAUUUCACACUACAUCUUUACAUCGAUCUCAUAUACUGCUGACCUCUGCAGGACAGCCUCGGUGUGGACAGCUACCUCUGGACCUUAUUUACAACCCUGUUUCACUGGAAAGGCUCAGUUUAGGAGCUUGUUUGUCCUGUGAUGGUCAGCACACCACUACCAGAAAACACCAACACAUUUAACUUUUGAAAUACUUUAGAUUAAUGCUUAGGCAAAAGUGAUUUCUGUGAUUUCUGUGUGAGUCAUCACAUGUCCUUUGGCAAUGUUGAUUUCCUGACAUUAGGAAGAUGCUGUACAUUUUUGAAUACUUGAUUGAACAGGUCUGUCACGAACACUGGAUGUGAACAUGUCAGACACAACACAAAGCACACAGUUAGAGUUUGUAACACUUUAUACUCGUCAUGUUCGUUUGAGUCAUGUGAAAUGCCAUUUCUGUCUGUGUGACAACAUACAGUGUGUAGGCUUUUCAGCACAAAUACUGUAGUAUCAGUAUUAUGUGCUGACCCAAAGAGGAAGAAAAAUGACUUUGACACUUUGUUUUGCCGUGAAAUUGUUUUGUGACUUUGUAUUGUUUACUGUAUCUGAUUUAUGUUAUAACAGCAAGGUACAUACAACUUUAUAGUUAAUCUUUCCAUCAUCUCAUUGCACUAACCAGACCGCCGGUAUUUGUUUUCACCUUGUUAAUCUAUUUGUGUCAUGGAUGUAUAAAGAGAACUGGAUACAGCUUUGGAGACAGGGCCCCGUUCAAGCCUACAAAGGUUGCUCAGUGGCACAUGAAGCCAAAAAGGUUUAACUGCCGUGUAUAAAAUUAUGUGGCCCAUAGAGCAGGCACACUAGAGACUUAGCUCUGGUUUAGCACUCUGCUAACUUGAUUGGGGUUAAAAAUGAUCCAACCGUGUGGCUCUUCUAGGCUUUUUAAAUGUUAUCAGAACAUAUAAACCAAAGUCUGAUAGUGAAACAUCAUUUUGCAGGGGUUGUGAAGCUCAAAAAUUUUAUCCACUGAUCUACAAAUGUCUCUUUUGCAAUUAAAGUCUGUAGGUAAAAGUCUUUUGCGGCCUCAUGGCAUCACAUGACAGAUGAUAUUCUGCUGUUGUUCAAAGCCUACCGCACUUCCUGUAGGCCUUGUGUAUGAAUGUGUGUCAUCAUGGCAUAUUGUGGUCCUGAUGACACCUAUUGUAGCAGUAUUCACAAAACUUUACAGUCGUGUAGAUGAGAUCAAAAUUAAGGGCAGAGAUUGAAGAAGGGUUUGGUCUGAGCAAGAGGGCUAAAAGUAGAGGGGGUAGGAAGUAUGUAAGGGUCCAUUGGCCCCGCCACUUUAUAUCCCUGGCUCACAUUUAAGUUGAGGAUCACUGUAUCACGGCUGGAGUGAUCCCAUCGCAACAUGGUCUCUAGUUAAGAACUAUAGUUGAAGUAAACGGUACUUGAAAUAUUUUAUAGAAACGACUGGUAAAUCUUUAUUGACAGUUUUUUUUCAAUGCAUUUAGUUUCACUGUUUGAGCAGAGAAUACAGUAUAAAGAAUGUGAAAUCAUGCCGUGUGAGGCUGGGGUGCCAUCUUUGAGGUACGUGCUUUGUUACUUCUUUUACCAAAGUGUGUGCAUUCAAUCCAAAAACGAGACAGCUUGCAGUAUCCAUGUAUGUGAGCAGAGGUUGGGGUCUGUAAUCCCCCUGGAGUGCCAAGUCAUAUGAAUCUAUGUAGUCCAUUAGUUUGUCCAAAGACAGUUGUGUAAGCAUGGACCUCACAAGAUGGCACCCCAUUUCGAAACAUUUAACAAGGCACAAUGUGAACUUCACAUCCUUUGUACGCUGUCUUUGAGAUUGUAUGGCUUUAUUAUUUCUAUUAAUGAUGCAAAAUCAUCACGUGAAACGAGUGUGACAGUUAAAGUGAUACAAUUUCUCAAAUUGAAAACAGUGCUGUUUUGUUUCUGUUCUAAAGGCCCGACAUAAUUUUAACGACACAGCCACAAGCAUGUAUCAUGCAAGAGAGUCUUUAAUCUUUUCUUUGACUGCAUUUUGCAUUACAUCACAGGCCAAGAGAGGCUGAAGAAAGAGCUAACCCAGCUGGGGCAGAGAGAGCAGUGGUAGGUGUGGCGCUAGUGGGGAGAGGUGCACUGCGCAAGAGUGUGGACAUGUCACAAAUUUCAUUUUCAGCUGAUAUCUGAAUUUCAUGUACGGCCUCCCUUCCUUUAAUAAAUGCUUUUGAACUGUUGAAACCACCCUGGUGUCUGUCCACCUUCACUGAACUAAGGUUGGUAAAAUAAAGGGGGGGCAUUGGGGUGUUGGACAGUGCCAGGGAGAGGGGAGUGGUGUACGGAUGCAGGGAGAGGAGUGAGACUCUGCAUGAGUCAUCUAUCACGUCAGCAGUAUGAAAGCUAUUUUUAGCAUUGAAGCAGCUGCGGUGGAGACUGAUUGGCCCAUAUGGAAGUGAAGGAUACAGGUUCAGAAUACAUUAUCACCUGGAAAGAGUACAAAUGUGCAGAUAGGCAUCAGAAGAGCUGCUGUGAAAUGCAUGCAGAUAUGGUUUGGGGCAGCCAGAGAGCUUCAAUACUCUGCAUUAUUAACUGUAUUCUGAAAAUAUGAUUAACUUGACUGAGUGCCAUUAUUCUGCAUUACAGUAACAUAUCCUUGAAUAGUUCCAUUUUCAGUGCUCAUUUAUUUAUCAACACCAGGUGGCGCCACAUGUCUUUAUCAGCAUUGGCUCAUUCAUUCACUCAUUCAUUCACAGUGGUGUUACUACAGAGGUCAUCUCCUCCAUUGUGCUUGCAGUGGUACCACAUGCUGCAAAUGCAGAACAAGCAAGCAUGUCAUUUUGUGUUUGAAGCACAACACACCAACCUUCAACUGACCCAUCUUUAUUUAAAACAGCACAAAGCAAGAAAGGAGCUGAAGCUCUAAAAUAACAUUUACACGACCCCCACAAAUUGAUUAUAACGCUGACAUACGAGGUUUACCACAGCUGCAGAGGCUCCGCCUCUACGCUUCGGCCCUGACGACAACAACACGAGUUACACAUGAGAUCUUUUGUCUGCAAUCAAUCUUCAUCCAGCCCAGUCUGCAAACCCCCAUGCCACGAGCCAUAUAGGAAGGAGUGAGAGCCUUCUGGUUGCUAGGCAGGCACCACCACACCACAGUUGCCAAGGGAAUGCCUGCAUGCAGAGGCAGCUGAAGAGAUGGAGGAGUGUGUUGGGGGUUGGUUGGUGGUUGUAAGAGAAGACUGGUGGGGGUGGAGCUAGACAAGUUCAAGGCCACCGUUUCCCCAACAUGGUCUAAUGGUGGUGGUGGUGGUGGUAAUGUGUGUGUGUGUGUGUGUGUGUGUGUGUGUGUGUGUGCGGUGAAUGAGUGCACGUGUGUGGUUUGAGACAAAGCAGGGGGAAGGGAUGUGAGUGAGAAAGUGGGUUGGAAGUGGAUAUGUGUCUGAUACCAAACAGGGCUGACGUAACUGCUCAUGAAAUAUAGUGGUGGUGAGGACAACAGGCUUUAUGGGAUAAUACAAAAGCUCAUAAGCAGAUAAUACACGUCCAUUUCCAGUAAAGAUAAACAAAAUGAUGAAAAAAUGCUGAAACUAAAAAACAAAACACUGGUAUAAUAAUUCAUGUUUAUUGUUGUUAAGGAGGUCUGUUGUUUUCUAUUAUGCUCAAUUUUAUCGGCCAUGGACUGUGAAGUGAUGAAGUGCAUCUUUACUGUUUUUCUGAAUAAAUAAAUAAAAAUCUGAACA